ACGUAAACAAAUUAUAUAUAAAUUUUAUUAAUUAUUAUUUUACGAAUUUGAGCUAAUUUAUUUUAAUCUUUUUACUCAAGUGUACAGUAGAUCCAAAAUUACUCAUCUCUAACCUUUUUCAAAUAAUUAAUUAAAUUUAAUAAAAUUAACUAAAUUUAAUAAAAUUAACUAAAUUUAAUAAAAUUAACUUAAUUUAUUGAUUUAACUUAAUUUAUUGAUUUUACAGAUGAUUUCAAUUUUAUAAAUUAGUUCCCAAAAUGUCUCUCAAACAAGCCGCCAAAGAACGUCUGUUGUGGGCGAUCCGCCAGGUGGUAACUCCGUUUGGUAGGGUGAUAAUGUUGGUGGAUCCGAUGAGUUUGAAGAUAGUUUCAUCAUGUUGUCAGCUGAGUGACGUUCUGGACGAGGGUGUGGACUUGGUAGAAGUUUUAACAAAGCGUAGGGAGCCUUUAAAGAGUAAAAACGUGCUCUGCAUCCUGAGUGAUUUGGGUUAUUUGGAUCUCCUGUUGAAGGAUUUUACGCCUGGAAAAGAGCAUUACAUGGGCGUUUUCAUCAUGUUUAACUGUCACCUUAGGGACGACUCAGCCCUGAGAAAAAUCGCACAAAACAUGAGCUUUGAGAAGGUGCUCGGGUGCGUGGAGCUCUUUCUCAACUUCGUCCCCUUCGAGUCGAACAUAUUUUACUCACAGAUUAGCUCACUCCAGAGUCUUUACGGUGGUUCAUGCUAUGAUUCGUACGUCAGUACGGUAAGUAGUAAAAUUGUGAGCCUGUGUAAUGUACUCAAUUUGACCCCGAGCAUAAGCUUCCACGACGCAAAUUCACAAGUUAUAAAGUUAAUUUGCCACAGUGUGACCCAACUGAUCAGUGAGACCAUUAGGGGGAAAUCCAAUUUAAAACCGUGCGACCUGAUUGUCUUUGACCGGAGCACUGAUUUCACACCCGUUUUCAUUCACGAAUUUACAUACCAAGCACUCGUCUACGAUUUGCUUAAUAUUCCCUAUUCUACUGUACGGGGUCAGGGGAAUUGUUUCCAGGGAACAAAUAGUCCACUUGAUUCCCAGAGAUCACAGAACUCUAAUGAUAACACAACGGAUACUACUGGAGAACGAGUGGACAACUGUUAUGAGUUUAAGGUGGUUGGGAGUGACAGGGUGGAGCGUAGGGUUGCGUUGUUGGACGCUGAGCUGGACGUCCUCUGGGCAAAGUACAGACACAUGCACAUUCAAGAGGUUAACACUCUAGUCCUAAGUGAGAUUGACAAGUUUAAGAAGACGCCGGGUGGAAAGGCGCAGAGUAUGUUGGAGCAGAUGCGGAAUUUGCCGAACUUGCAGUACCUGAUUGAAAAGUACUGGGCGCACCUGAACCUCACGAAUGAGUGCUUUAACCAGGUGCAAAAGAGAGACUUGAUCAGGCUCUCAGAACUCGAACAAACCAUCGCAACGUCACUAGACUCGAAAAUGAAAUCCACUACACACGCCAAACUGUUCGACAAGCUCGUCUCCAUCCUCAAUCAAUCUAAUAAUAGUAGUAAUAUGAACCAGAGCUACCAGUUAUCGAGAGGUCCGGACAAGAAGUUAAUGCUGCAGAAUAAUUUUAAGUUUGGCAAUGUUGAAGAUGUGUCGGAAACUCCAUCACUCCUGCCCGACGACAAGGUGAGGCUGAUUUUGUUAUACUUGUGCAACUACAACGUUGGGGUCGGGGGCUUAAAAGAGCUGUUAAAGGUCAUUCAACUCGAUUACAAAGCCGUAGAACUGCUGCAAAGGGUUCUAAAAUCUCUUCCCAUAAUGAACAAUGGGAGUGGUAAGCCAGUGCACAAAUUGGCAAACGACGGGAUAAUAAAUUACUAUAAGAAGCUGAGUGUAGAAUAUGACUCCUCGAGGUUCGUCUCACACCUCACCUACACACUCGACCAGUACCUCAAACACGAUUUUCACCACGAACACAUCACACCCUAUAACACACACAAUAUUAAUAGUGGGAACACGGUAAAUAGUGGGAACAGUGGGAACAUUGGGAACACGGUUAACAAUAGUAAUAGUGGAAACAGGGUAAAGGGUGUGAGAAUGGAGUUGAGUACGUUUGAUGUGUUGUUGGAGCGAGAGGAGGGAGCGGAUGACGGUAGGCGGAGGGUGUUGGUGUACGUGCUGGGCGGUGUGACGUUCAGCGAGUGCAGGGAAAUUUACAAGAUUAUGAAUAAAAGACAUGUGGAAAUCUACUUUGGAGGGGAUGAAAUUGUCAUACCCGCACAACUCCUACAAACUUUUUAACCUCAUAAUAUUUUAGGAUAGUACC